AAUCAUUGUGCUGACUAGGUUUAACUCUUGUUGCUGUCUCCUUAAUCACGUUAGUUAGGCUUGUGUCUCCAUAUGCCAGUUUUUGGCUUCUUCCUUUACUUUUAUCCCCAUCCACGCUGAAAAGGUCCUCCACCAGAUCCUCCAAAGCAGACAGAUGCUCUCUCCUUCCACAUACCUUUAUACUACAUUCAUUUGUCUAAGCAGUGCACAUGCUCAUUUCUUGUGAUCCCUUCACAGUCACUCACAUGCAAUAUGUGCUAACCGGAGGCAUUUCUACUGAGUUUUUACUUCAAUAAAGAUUCACUUCAGAAGAACCUUGUUUCUCUAAGAACCUGCACAUUUGGUUCUAUCACCGUAAGUCUUGUUCAACCAGGUCAGAAAUGUCUUUCCAGUUCUUUAAUCUCUGAAAUGAUGACAUCUAGUGGUGGAUGUUUUCUAUCUAAGGUACGCAAUCUUCUUGCAAGCAUAAGUGUAUUCCAAACUCACUCGUUAUUUAAAAUAUGAUACUCUAUGGCUAAAUUAGUUCUUAGAUACUAAGGUUAUUUUGAAACUAAAUCAUCAGUCGGUGUUCUCUGGCUGACAGUUCUUUGAAAUACGCUUAGUCUUCCAACAGUAAUUUAAAGAAAGACCUUUUCAGCCAGGAGAAUGCUUGUCAAAAUGUGAAGCCUCAAGUAGUCGGUGAAGAAAAUGAGGGAGGAAUCCAGGGAAGAGAUUGAGAUCAUCAUGCUCCAAUAAGAAACAGCAUUCAAAAGGGGCUGGGAUGGUUCUUGUCAAAAACAGACUCGUCAUGAGUGAAUCAAAUGCUAAAUGGUCAGGAAUUGAGGUUUGCUGUUGACACAUUCCUGGAAGAUAUUUGGAAAACUGAAUGAUAUUUGUAGUAAGUUGGAGCAGUUGAUGGAGCCCUGCCUGCAAUGGCUGCAAUGAGGUGCUGAUGGCAAAAGGAUGAAACAAUGCAGGUGCACGGGAAGGUCAUGGCUCAUUUAUACGUGUCUGGAGCAGUGGAGAAGAGGAGCUGCUCCCACAUGGGAAAGCUACAGACACUCGAUUACGAAGACGUGCUAUACUUGGGUGCUGGGUGGGGAGGAAGAAAACACCCGGCCCCUGAAGCAGUGCCACAGUGAGCGGAAGCCUAUGGGGCACACGGCCAGGCGAAGAGCCCGCGCAGCAGCACAGCCCGCCGCCGGCCGAGGGCCGGGCUGGCAUCGCGGCGGCCAGAGGCGGCGCUGCGGGCCGGGUGGAGCGGUUCGGCCCCGGCGCAGGGCCUCCUGACAGGCCGGGAGCCAGGCUCCUGCCCGGCGAAGGGAAGGAGGAAAGGGGCCGAGGUGGAAGUCGCGGGCUUCACACGGCCGCAGCCAGCUGUCCACCGGUGAGCGAGGAGGAUGAGUGGAGGGUAAGGAGUGGAGCUGGAGGCAGAGAGUUGGCUGUUGCUGUGGCUUCUGUAGGGGAGACUGGCUGACUCCUACAGCAAACAUUCAUCUGCUGGCACAGAAAUUGGCACUGUGUGAAGAAGGAGGUGUGUAAAUACUUCACAGAAAUGCUGGGUGCAGGUCUGAGUUGCUGAGGUUGGGAAGGACCUCUGGCAAUCACACGUCUGCCCCCUGGCUCAAAGCAGUAGCCUGCAGCAGGUUGCACUGGACCACAUCCAGUCAGGGAUUUUGUUCUCCAACAGAAUGAGUGCCACGUCAGCCACGAGUUGCCCCUUGCCACCGCUGCUUGCGCCUGAACAAGAGGAGCAAGAGUGUUCUGAGAUACAUAUGUCUGUCUUGUGGUAUGCAGGAGAGUUUGCUGUUGCUUACUAUGAUACAGAAGAUUGCUCAGUUUACUUCAUGCCUGAUACACCUGAUAGCGAAGGCCUUGAGCUACUGCAAAAAGUGACUGGGGAAGUUCAUCCUAAAUGCAUAGUGACAAGUGCAAAACAGGAUCAGAAUAUUGCCAAUUUCCUGACAAACCUCGCAGACAGUGAUAGCGAUAAAGGAAAAAUAGAAAUUGUCCUGUUUCCUAACACAGAUUUUGGCCUAGAAGUCAGCAAGCAACGAAUCCUAUCUAGACAAUUUCCAUUUAUCCCAUCCCAUAUGACUGCAACAGAAAAAAUUCUUUAUUUGUCCUCAGUCAUCCCUUUUGAGAGCCCACUCAUGAUAAGAGCAUUAGGGGGGCUCCUUAAGUACCUGGACAGGAGAAGGGUUGGAGUUGAACUGGAAGAAAGCGGUAUUGCAGUUCCUGUUUUGGCCUUUAGAAAGUUUGUGGUGUUAGAAACUGUGAAUAUAGACCAAGACACUUACAGUGUCCUACAGAUAUUUAAAAGUGAUAUCCAUCCUUCUGUGUAUAAGCUUUCUAGUGGAUUAAAAGAAGGAUUCAGUUUAUAUGGGAUUUUAAAUCGCUGUAGGUGCAAACGGGGAGAAAAACUUUUGAGGCUGUGGCUUACGCGACCUACUCGGAACUUGACAGAGCUAAACAAACGGCUGGAUGUUAUCCACUUCUUCCUGUUGGCUCAGAACCAUGAAACAGUCCUUACCCUUCAAGAUUGCCUCAGGAAUAUAAAAAAUGUGCCUCUUAUUCUAAAAAGAAUGACUCUAUCCCAUACAAAAGUUAGUGACUGGCAAGCACUCUAUAAGACAGUGUGCAGUGCACUGUGCCUUAGAGACACAUGUCGCUCUCUGCCCCAUAGUAUUGAACUCUUUCAGAUUAUUUCACGUGUCUUCACUGAUGAUCUGCAAUACAUUGCUAGUCUCAUCAGCAAAGUGGUGGACUUUGAAGGCAGCAUCUCACAAAAUCGCUUCACUGUUAGACCCAACGUGGACCCCACCAUUGAUGAAAAGAAGCGAAGGCUAAUGGGUCUGUCAGACUUUCUUACAGAAGUGGCACAAAAAGAACUGGAAACGUUGGACAGCCAUAUUCCUUCCUGUUGUGUGAUCUACAUUCCUUUGAUUGGGUUCCUUCUCUCCAUUCCACGGCUACCAAAUAUGGUGGAUAAAAGUGACUUUGAAAUUGAAGGUUUGGACUUCAUGUUCUUGUCAGAGGAUAAACUGCACUACAGAAGUGCUAGAACUAAGGAGCUAGACAGCCUGCUGGGUGACUUGCACUGUGAGAUAAGAGACCAAGAAACACUUAUUAUGCACCAGCUGCAGGCAAAGAUCUUGGAGAGGUCUGAAGUGCUUAACAGCGUGAUUGAGUAUACUGCACACCUGGAUGUGCUGUUGGCUUUGGCAGUGAUGGCCCGGGAGAACUCCUACUGCAGGCCACACUUUACUCAGCGCCAUGGCUUCCACAUCAAGGAUGGAAGACAUCCACUGAUGGAACUGUGUGCAAAGACAUUUGUGGCUAAUCCUGUGAACAGUGGUGAGGCUACCAGACGAAUAAAGAUAAUCACUGGGCCCAACUCAUCUGGAAAGAGUGUCUACUUAAAGCAAGUAGGUCUUAUAAUAUUUAUGGGUCUAAUUGGCAGUUAUGUGCCUGCAGCAGAGGCAGAGAUCGGAGCAAUUGAUGGGAUUUACACAAGAAUCCACACUAGGGAAUCAGUUUCUGUAGGACUCUCCACAUUCAUGAUUGAUCUUAACCAGGUUGCCAAGGCAGUAAACAAUUCCACAGAGAGGUCGUUGGUACUUAUUGAUGAGUUUGGCAAAGGGACCAACACACUAGAUGGCCUGGCCCUUCUGGCUGCUGUGCUGAAGUACUGGAUCAAUCAAGGUACCCAGUGUCCACAGGUCUUUGUGUCCACUAAUUUUCACAGCUUAAUGCAGCUGGAACUUUUGCCUGACACACCUCUUCUGGAAUACCUGACCAUGGAGACUCACCAAGAUGGAGAUGAGUUGGUGUUUUUCUAUCAGAUCAAACAAGGAGUAUCCACUGUUAGUCAUGCUGCCAACAUUGCUGCGCUAGCUGGAAUGCCUGCCAAAAUUAUUGAAAGAGGAGUGGAAGUAUCAGAACUGAUUCGCAAUGGAAAAGCUAUCAAACGUAUUGAUCAUCCUUCAAAAGGAGACCAGAUGGAAAAAUGCAAGGCUGUUGUUGAAAAGUUUCUUAACCUAGACCUUGAUAAUCCUAAUGUGAACUUAGAAGAGUUCAUGCAUAAAGAGGUGUUGCCCUCUGCAGCCUCAAUUCUAUAGCAUGGCUAUAUCUAAAAGCAUGUAUUACAAGAUAUCUGCCAUAUUCAGUAGGAUGGUUUGUUAAUUUCAACAAUAAUGAGUAUGACUAAAGCCUCACACUACAUUUCACUUUUAAAAAUUGUCUAUAGUGUAUGUCAUUUCUUAUUCUUGUUUAAAAUCAGUAUGGAAGUUAUAUAUCCCUGUAUGGUGCAUGAUAUGAAAGCAGGAAGACUGAAAGAGGAGAAUUCAAGAACCUCUUCCAGCUGCUGGAUCAUGCAUUUUGAGCCACUACUGUUAGAUUCUCAGAUUGAAAAAAUACUGUAGAAAAAUCAAAAUAGUUUUGCUGGUCUCAUGACACUAUAAAAACAAAGUGUUUAUUGUUUUGUGUACUGUUGAAGUAAUCAUUUCAGUCAUUUUAGAAUCAUCAUCAAAGGAUCACAUAGAAGUAUGUGCCUUGGACUCCCAGAUCAACAAAUCACGUUGUUACAGUACAAACUACUAAUGUAGACACUGGUUAAUGGAAAUAUAGAGGGAUUUAAUGAGCUCUGUGACAUUUAAUAAAGCUGCAUUUCUGGCCGGAAAGGCAAGAGAUUCCAAGAGCUGAUAUAAAAAGAAUGGGAGUCAGAAUCAGUGGGGUCUAACUAGAGGGGAAACGCUUAGGUUUUAUUGAUAAUCACUCUCUUAUGGUCCUGCAGAGUAAGAAUAUAUAACUAUGCUCUGUGAGUACAAAAACAAAAUUACAAGUCCAGGAAAUGGUAAACUAUACUAGGCAUUUAAGACAUGAACCAGCAUUUUUUUCAACUAUUGAGUAAAACUUAAAAUAUUAAUACCAGAGCAAAGGCAGUCUGUUUCACUUCUGUCAGUGCCAAGGAUCGACUCUGAACCCAGCAUUUGAUCACUGUGUAUGCAACACGUACAUGAACAUGAAUAAAGAGGAGGUAUGAUAUGUAACUACCACAGAAGUAAUAACCUUCCCUGCAAUAGCAUAAGUGCCUUGUCUAAGUUCUCUAAGACAGAAAAGACAUUA